ACUUGUGUUUCAAAAAUAGAAGCAAUUCAAAAUAGCCACCCUUUUGUGACAAGAUAUACACAACACAAACAAAGCUUAUUCAUCAUGCAUCAAUAGUCAAAUCUCUAUUGCCUAUUGGCUAUAGUAUAUUCACUAGAUAUUGUUAAAUAUAUACAUAUAUAACUAUAUAAAAGUACUCAUACACUUUGAAGAUCCUUUAUCAAUAACCUUGAAUGAAGCAGUCUUACAACACGAUACAUUGAAAUUCAGCCCUUAUAAUUUCGAUUCAACUUUUGUUGUUUCGAUUCGUUCUAUUCAAAAAGCAAAGAUGGGGGGUUGUUUUUCUUCAAGAUCAUCAUCCACAUCAAAGAAAAUUAGAUUGGUUCAUCUAAGUGGUUAUGUAGAGGAUUUUGAGCAACCAAUUUCAGUUAACCAAGUAAUCACUAGUAGAAAUCCACCAACUCAUUUUGUUUGUACAUCUCUUCAACUUCUUUCAUCUUGUUCAAAACCAUUGAAGGGUGAUGCACAACUUCAGCCUGGAAAUGUUUACUUUAUGUUACCUUAUUCAAUUCUACAAGCCGAUGUUUCGCCCGUUGAUUUGGCUUCGCUUGCGAAAAGGCUCACCGCAAAGGCGAAAACUAGUAGAUUAGAUGACAAAAAGUCAUUGAAAGCUACUAGAGUAGAUUUGAUAAACAACCAAGGUUUGAGCAAUGUUUGGAGUUCGCCUUCGAGGAGCCCCGGAAGAGUUGCCGUGGCUGAACAAUUCGCUAUGACGUAUGGAGGACGAAGCAGCACGAGUAGAGCUCGACUAUGGAGACCUCUCUUGGAUACUAUUAGAGAAAAGUCAUUCAAUAGGAGUAGUGAAUCAGAUUUGAGAGAAACUCAUUGAAGUUUGAUAGAUCUUCUUGGAUUGAGUUUGUAGAUUUCAUGAUGUCGUCUAUGUUCAUUAUCACGGUAAUAACUCAGAAUCACGGUGACAUGCCAUGAUUUUGUAGAAACUACAUAUUGUAGUUUUUGUAAAAUUAUGGUGGAUUACCGUCACA